UUUACAAUUUUAAAAUACUCAUAAAUCGCGUUAAAAUUAAAAUAUAACCUUACCUUUAGAUUUUAUAAGAGGUCCAUUCGCUCUAAUUUUUAAACCAAUGGAGCCUACACGUGUUCUGCCUAGCGUCUAAUUUGCUAUGUUACGCAUUUGUAAGACAGAGUCAACACGUCGGGUACCACCUCCUCUUAAAUAAUGAACAAUUUUUGGUUAGUUGUUGAUUACUAUAUUCUUAUCUACCUAUGGUUGUUUGUAAUUUCUAGAUAUAGUUUAGGCUUUGGCUAGUUGAUACUUACUCUUUUAAUCUUGUCUCUUAGUUAAUACUUUUAAUAUCAAAAUGAUUUUUUGGUUGUGAUUUGUGGCAUGUACUGAUAUAUACAUCAAAUAUGUUUGAUUUUAUAAAAAUACCAUUCAAAGAUAGUAAAGUAUCUAUUUCACGUCCAUUUCUUUGUGAUAAAGUCAAACAAUUUGGUAUCUGUGAAGGAACAUGUGCAGAGCGUCAUGAUUUAUGUAAAACACUUGAUAAAGAAUGUCUCAAUAUUCCUACAAAAUGUUUGAUUAACAUACAGCUGACAAAAAUCCUUAGUGCUUCGCAUUUUUAUGGGAGAAUUCUCAAGUAUAGUACUAAAAAGAAUCCUACAAAAGAUCAAGAUUGGAUUAGUGUUAAUGACUCGUUUGAAAGAAUAAAAUACGAAUUAAAAAAUAUCGGCUCAACACCAAAUACUAUCAUUUUAAGUAAAACCUUUACCAUUGGUGAAAUGGUUAUGGUACAAACUGAACAAAAAGAAUUUUAUCGAGCAGUGGUCUUGGAUAUAGAUUAUGGAUGGCUUACAGUUAAGGUAAAAGUAAUAUUAAUUGACAUGGGGCAUACAGAAGAAAUUAGUUCAAAUAAAAUAUUUGUACUGCCAAGCCAUUUAAAAGAACUUCGGCCUGUAGCUGUGGAAAUCAUAAUAUCUUCCAUGGAACCAGUGGUAGAGGGAGGUUCGGUUUUCAAUUGGCCAGUUAACACAACAAAUCUUGUACGUAGUUUAUUAGAACCAAUUAUUUUGACAGAUUUAGAAUUUAUUUGCAAAGUUGAACUUACAUUAGGAAUCACUUUGUGGGUUGAUUGGAUAUUAGCUAAGAAAUGUAUUAAAUGUUCUCAUAUUGCAUGUAAACUGUAUAAAACUUCUUUGAUAUUACCUAAUGAAUUAAUUAAACGCAAUCUUGCAAGACGAAGUUCUUUGCUCGUUGAUAAAUUAAUAAACUUAGAUAAAGAUGCUUAUUUAUGGAAAAAACAUUUAAAUGCUGAAAAACCUUUAAUCGUUAAAAAAUCAAGUAUACCAUUAUUUUCAUGUGAUGAACAAAAAAAUGAAAUUGAUGAAGUAAUAAAAGUACAAUGGGCUCAUUUAUCCGAGCAUACAAUAUCAAAUGUAUCUGUUCGUUAUGUAGAUUCUCCAAAAUGUUUUUUUGUAAUUAAUAUGCAAUUUUAUGAAAGAGUUAUUGCUCUUCAAAGAGACAUUGAUGAUGCUAUCAGUAAUAAAACUGUUGAACAAUUAACUUGCGCCACUGUAGGAAAUGUAUGUUUAGCCUUAGCCCCUGAAGAAAAUAAAUAUAAUCGUGUUAUUAUUCAAAAAAUCAACGGUAAAAAAGCUGAAGUUCUCUUUGUAGAUUAUGGCGAAUUUUAUGAAGUUGAAAUUGAUAAUUUAUUAACUAUACCCUCAAGUUUAUUAACCAAGUUACCAUUACAAGUUAUUGAGUGUAGCUUAAGUGGUUUUAAUGUUAUUCUACCGACUGAUGAUGUAGCUCAGUUUAAUAAUCGUUUGUUAGAACUUACAGAUACUAAGAUACAUUUAAAAGUUCUGUCUUCUACCACAAAUGCUAAGUUUACUGGAGGAACCUAUUAUGAAGUUGUAUUGUUUAGUAAUGAUAUGAAUAUAAAUUCCACAAUGGCUGAUGAAUUUAAUAUGUAUGUUGAUAAUACUCAAAUACAAAAUAUUUUAAGCUCAAAUUAUAAAUACAAGGAAUACGAAAGUGAGGUUGAUGAUGACGAUGAUGCACUUGACGAAGAAGAAUUCAAAUGUCAGAUGGAUCUAUUGGAAAGUUUAUUCAAAACUUCAAAUCAAACAAAUGAAACCCAAACUGUGCAAAGUUCAACAAAUGAAACCCAAACCGUGCAAAGUUCAACAAAUGAAACCCAAACUGUGCCAAGUUUAACAAAUGAAAAAAUAAAUGUGUCCGAAUCAAAAUCAUUAAAUAAAGAUAAUAUAAUUGCAAACAAUGAACAAAUAAAAUGUAUAAAAAUUGAGAAAAAAUAUUGUCUAGAUUGCAAUGUGACUCCAGUGGUCCCUCAAUGUUUUUGGCAUCAAGAUGACACAUGGAUUUAUCUUAAAUUGAAUAUUUUGUCAGUAAAUGAUUAUAACACCUUAUAUACAAUGGAUACUAUAACAAUAAAUGUUGAAACAAACUCUGUAUCCUAUUCCUUUACUGCAGUUUUGUUUGGGUUUAUAAUAGAUGAAUUGUGUACCUGUCGUGUAGGUUUUGAUGGGAUUUUUAUCAAAGCAAAAAAACUAAUAAAAGUUAAAUAUCAUUGGCCUAGACUCUUAAAAUGUACAAAAAAACAUAAAUAUAUUAUUUAUAAUACUGAAUUCUGCAUUGAUGAAAGUAAAAACCUGAAUUUGUGGUGUAGAGUUAUGAAUAAUUACAAAAUACAGGCUCUUGGCGAACAGUUAAAUGUAAAAUAUCUUGAUUCUGAUUUUGAUGAUACUGAUUAUUCUGAUAACAGUGAUGGCAUUUUUGAAGAUUGAUUAAACAUUUUUUAAAUUAUAUUUUAAUGUUUAAAUUUAUAUUAAUAUUUUACUGUUUAAAUAUAGAAAACAUUGUUUUAAAAAUCUUAUGGCUCAUAUAAUUUAAUAUGUUCUGUAAUUUCUUUUAGGCAUUUUAACAAAUUGUAAUUACCUUUUUUUUUAAUUCAUAAUAUAAGUAAACACAUUAAGUGUUACAAAUCAAUAUGAUUAUCGUUAUUAAAAAUUGUUUAGUUAUUAUUAAAUAUUAUUAACAAAUAAAUUUGAGUAUCUAUAAAUAUGGAUUAAAAAAUCUUUAACUUGUUUUUCCAUACAUAAUAUUAUACUCUAUAAUAUAAUAUUAAUAUGUACAUAAA